AUGUUUUUGUAGCGUCGUUUCCGCAUUCAGUGGGGUGAUUUUCGCCGUGUCAUGUGAACUCAAACCUUUAGGGUGGUUUAAUUUCCAACCCCCUGGGACUCUUCAUCGAGGUCCAGAGGAUUACCCGCCGCUCCAGAGCUCUUUUCAGCGGGCACGCUGACAGACUUGGGUCCGGGGCGGUCAGCCAUGGCGGACGAGGAGCGGUCACCGCUGCUGCCCGAGCAGCAGUACGCGACCAACGGCUUCUUCCCGCGGAGAGGCUCCGGUGGAUAUCCACAGAGUAUAGUGCCGUUUCCCAGCUUUGUGGAGCCCAGCGAAGCUCCGCCCCCGUACUCGCCCCAGGGCAGUCCAGACAGCAGCAGCGCCCCGGUCAUCAGCUGUCGGGUCUGUCAGACGGCCAUCUCUGUGGAGGGAAAGACGCAUCAGCAUGUGGUGAAGUGCAGCAUCUGCAACGAAGCUACGCCGAUAAAGAACGCUCCCGUUGGAAAGAAGUACGUUCGCUGUCCGUGUAACUGUCUGCUGAUCUGCAAAGUCACAUCCCAAAAGAUCGCCUGUCCAAGGCCGUACUGUAAGCGCGUCAUCAACCUGGGACCAGUCCACAUCGGCAGCGACAGUCCAGAACCGCGGCACCAACCCGUCGGACUCAGGGUCAUCUGCGGACACUGCGCCAACACAUUCCUGUGGACGGAGAUUUCAGACCGGACCUUGGCCCGAUGUCCACACUGCCGAAAAGUUUCUUCAGUUGGUCGGCAAUACCCGAGGAGGAGGAGCUGGCUGUGUUUUCUGCUCUUUGUUAUUCUGGCAGCAUCCACCGCUGGGCUUUUGGUUGGUACGUGGAAGCCGGCGCAGCACUCAAAGGGCAUCUACGUGUCGUGGGUGCUGCUGAUUGUGUUAGCUUUUUUUACCUUGAUAAGAACCAUGUACUGGAGGUGUUUUAAGAUCAGCGACCCUGUAUCCAACAUCACAUAGAGAGACCGUACAGGAACUGAAAGAGGGAAGUCAGUUCCUGUCCCAGAUCAAGUACCUGAUCAGGAGCACGCAAGACAAGUGGUGAACGAUCUGAGAGUUGGUGUGGUAACCUUGAAAUGACACAGGAAGGGAAAACUAACUGAAUUUAGAGUAAAAUAUCUUUCUUGUGCUAUACUGGGUUUAAAGAAAUAAAAGCUGCUAGUUGUCCAAAAACAACACUGAGAUUUUGUUGAGCAUUUUCUAUUUUAUUGCCAUCAUCAAGUUUAAAAAGUAUUAACAUAAAUAAAUGAAAGAAAUCUGAACUACAAAGCAGGAUCAACAUCGUAGUAAAGUAACUUCAGGAGUCUUUGAGUUUUUUAUGUAAGCUGGUUCAUUGAAAACACAAAUUAACUUUUUGGUUUCUCAAAUGAAAUCACAUCACAGCAAAAACUUUUCACCAGGUUUAUGUUUAAAUCUCCAGGAUCACAUUGUAAGAAGACCGUUUAUUUACAAAAGUCAGUAUUUAUCUCACUAUGUCUUAAAAUCACAAACUUUCUCUAUAAAAACUAUUCUGUUGGAUUUGUAAUAGUUUUACAUAUAAUGUAACAUAUAAUGUUUGUACUUUCCUUUUAGAGCUGCAGUAUGUAACUUUUAUACAAAAUAUAUUUUUUUACAUAUUUGUUGAACCUGUUGGUGCUGUCAAUCAUCCUCUGUGUGUUGCUGCUCUUCUCCUGUUUGCUCUCUGCUAUGCCACAGCUAGCAUAGCCUGUUGUGAAUGCCAGAGCUAGUUAGCAUGGAAACCAGUGACGGUGGAUAAACAUUUUCCUGUAACAGGAAGUUGGUUUUCCACCGUUAGAACAGUUAGCAGCUCGUUUACUAGGUUGAUUAACAGCGCUAAGACCCUCUUCCUGACUCUGAUUUGUUGUUUUUGUUCAGAACUAGUGCAUUUCUUCAGACGG